GAAAGUCUUUAUAUCGGGUCUUCACGGCACUUGUGGAAGAAUAUUAUCUUUCCAUGAUCUGUGAUCUUCGGACAAGAAAAACGUCCGCUAGUCUCAUUAAGUGGUGGAACUACGACUAGCAGUACCAUCUAUAGGACUUUCUCAAUGUGCGUUUGCUCGCUCCUCGUUCUGUUGAAGUGCGUCCAUUGGGCGGUCGAUCGGUACUGUUGUGUGAAAGCUUCUUGGUUUCGUCACUUCACUCACCUUCUCAAGUUGCAUCGAUGA